UGCUGCAGACAGAAGCAGCCUGGGUGGGGUGUGGUGCUGCGGGCAGGAGUUGGCGUAGGAGGCAGCAAGUCAGAAGAGGCAGAGGGAGCGCUACACCUGUCAGCAUGGAUGUGGCAUCCACGAACGGACUGACCACAGUAACCGCCAGGGAGCUGGAUGGCUGGAUCGCCAAAACCCUGCAGCCCAGCCCAGAGUUCUCCAUGCAGGUGAAGGAGACAGUGAGGGAAAUCUGUGAAUUCCUGAAGAGGAAGUGCUUUGAGGAUAAUAUCCACGUCCAAAAGACCGUCAAGGGUGGAUCAGCAGGAAAGGGCACAGCUCUGAAGAACAACUCUGAUGCUGAUGUGGUGCUCUUCCUCACCUGCUUACCCAGCUUCGAGGACCAGAAGAACAACAGAAAGGAGAUCCUGGAUUUGAUCAUGAAGAGGCUGAAGGACUGCAGGGAGAGCUUGCAGUUUGAUGUGCACAUUGGCGAGCCCAGGUACAAAGGUCCUGACAGCACGCCGCGCUCCCUCAGCCUUACUCUGUCCUCCAAGGAGACUGGAGAGUCCAUUGAUGUGGACGUCCUGCCUGCCUAUGAUGCUUUGGGGCCAGUGAGCCACGAUGCCCCACCAAAGGCAGAAGUGUAUGUGAGGCUCCUGCAUGCCUGCAGCCACCCUGGGGAGUUUUCCCCCUGCUUCACUGAGCUGCAGAAGAUGUUUGUGAAGCAUGACCCUGCCAAGCUGAAGAACCUCCUGCGCCUGGUCAAGUACUGGUACAAGGAGAUGCUGCAUCCACAGUACCCCUUUGCUGACCUGCCCCCUAAGUAUGCCCUGGAGCUGCUGACCAUCUAUGCCUGGGAGGAAGGCACGGGCUCCUCCCACAGCUUUGACAUGGCCCAGGGCUUCCGCACAGUGCUGGAACUGCUGGGCCGGCACCAGGACAUCUGCAUCUACUGGGAGAAGUACUACUCGCUCCAGCACAGAGAGAUUGGUGCCCAUGUCAAGGGCUUGCUGCACAGUCCCCGCCCUGUCAUCCUGGACCCCGCUGACCCCACGGGGAUUCUGGGCCAAGACAAGAACUGGGACUUGAUGGCACGGGCAGCUGCCAGCUACUGCCGCUCACUGCCCUGCCUUGCAAACGUCCAGCCCUGGAAUGUGCAGCCAGCCCGGCCCGUGACCAUUGAGGUGAGGCAGCUGUCAGGCACCGGGCUGACGGAGCGUGUCAGCCCCUACACCACCAUCAGGCAGCUGAAGGACAUGAUCCACCAGGACUGGGGCAUCUCGCCAUACGCACAGCGCCUGGCACAGCAGGAGCCAGGCAGGAACAACAUCACCCUACAGGACAGCGAUACCCUGGCCAUGCACGGCAUCUUCUACAACACCACGCUGGUGCUGCUGCAGAUUGAGCCCCAGCAGAUGCAGGUCUUGGUCAAGGAUGAUAAGAAUCGGACCACGACCUACACGGUGCUGCCCACGGACACUGUCCGACAGCUGAAGGAGCAGAUCCAGGCCCGGCAAGGGCCCUCUGCCAACGAGCAGCGCCUGACCUACGGCCCCAGGGAGCUGCAGGACCAGCACACGCUGGCACACUACGACAUCAGGCCCAUGAGCACAAUCUACAUGCUCCUGCGGCUCCGGGGGGGUGCAGGCCCCCAGCUCCCCUAGCUCCCUGCCUGCUUGGCCUCCUGAGCAUUGCCCUCAGCACCAGCCCGUGCCCCUGUGUACCCUCCUGUCAUGCUGGAAAUAAACACUUAGUAGAUCCUUGUGCUGCUUGCUCUGUUGGGGACAGUGACAGGUGUCA